CAUUUGUAAUCCUCUAGACGACGCUUUUUCCUCCUCUCUCUACCUUCCGUAUCGUCCCCUGUAUAUCUCUGUCAUCACGAGGGUCGAGCCACGGCUUCAACUACCCCGAGUAUUGUCCUCAGAUUCUUGUUUUUGGUCUGAGGAUGGCUGCAAUAAUGCUGUCCAAUUGUACCCGCCUGUUUCCUCGUGCUCUGACACGUCUAACAUCUUCAUCCCGUGUUAAGGUUGCAAGGUCCAUUCAUCACGAGGCCCGAGUCCUCAGGAGGGUCAGGUGCUCUGGGUCACGACUCGGAAAUUUGCAUAAUGGAUUCAAUGGAAGCUAUUGCUGGAACAAUCAGCUGAGACAAAUUCGCUCGAGCCAAGCAUUAUGGGCACUCCAGGAUGUGGUUGUACCUCCCUUUGCUGAGAGUGUCAGUGAGGGAGAUGUCAGGUGGGAGAAGAAAGUUGGAGAUCAGGUGAAGGAGGAUGAUGUACUUUGUGAGAUAGAAACCGAUAAAACCUCUGUACCCGUGCCUUCACCAGGCGCAGGUGUGAUAAAAGAGCUGUACGUGGAGGAUGGAACAACCGUGAAAGCAGGCCAAAAGCUCUGUAGUAUCGAUAUAGGAGCAACCGGUGGAGCAGCCCCAGCAGCAGCAGCAGAAGCUCCCAAAGCCUCACCUCCGCCACCACCAACUCCAGCUGCUGCUCCACCACCUCCACCACCUCCAGAAGCUCCUGCAUCUGUCACCCCACCACCACCACCACCACCACCAGCAUCAGCACCACCUCCUCCUCAACGUCCAACAGCCUCAAUGCCAGUAGCUGCCAUAAAACAUGCCCAAUCCCUCGAAGGUGCCAAAGUUCAACUACCACCAGCUGACUACACUCGCGAAAUAGUGGGCACUCGAACCGAGCAAAGAGUUAAAAUGAAUCGUAUGAGACUGCGCAUUGCAGAACGCCUUAAGGAUGCUCAGAAUACAAAUGCCAUGUUAACGACAUUCAACGAAAUUGAUAUGAGUAAACUCAUGGAAUUUCGAAAGGAGCAUCAAGAGAAUUUCACCAAAAAAUAUGGUCUCAAGCUUGGAUUCAUGAGCCCCUUCCUAGCAGCCAGUGCAUAUGCAUUGAAAGAUCAACCAGUUGUCAAUGCUGUUAUCGAUGGAGGUGAUAUUGUUUAUCGUGAUUACGUUGAUAUAAGUGUUGCUGUUGCCACACCAAAGGGACUGGUUGUACCUGUACUUAGAAGCAUUGAGAAUAAAAAUUUUGCCGAGAUUGAAAUAGCUCUGGCUGCUAUUGGAGAUAAGGCUAGAAAGGGCAAAAUAUCGGUUGAGGAUAUGGAUGGGGGUACCUUCACUAUCAGUAAUGGUGGAGUCUUUGGAUCACUCAUGGGAACGCCUAUCAUUAAUCCACCGCAGAGUGCUAUUCUGGGAAUGCAUGGCGUCUUUGAUAGACCGAUUGCUGUCAAGGGACAGGUUGUCAUACGUCCAAUGAUGUACAUCGCCCUGACCUAUGAUCAUCGAUUGAUCGAUGGUCGUGAAGCCGUUAUGUUCCUUCGUAAAAUUAAAGACGCAGUUGAAGAUCCGAGAAUCAUCCUUGCUGGUCUCUAAGAUCGACUUAAUGAGUCAUAUAUGUUCACCGACAUUGGCAAGUUCAUUUUCUCCCAAUCGACUUACAUCGCAAUCAUCUAAACCCCCCCAUUCUCUAUCAAUCACACACAAGUCUGGAUAAAUGUACAGUAUCACGUUAUAUUUAAUAUUAUGAUGAGUGAAAAAGAAACCGUUUAAUACAGAAAAUUUGUGACUGAAUCAGUGAGCGACUAAGUUUAUCAACAGUUGUAAUUCGUUGAAUCAUUAAAUGUUUUAUUGAAUUUUAUGAUUUUGAAAUAAUGGAGGGCCUUUUUUUUUAGUCAAGUUCGCCGAUGAUGAUGCUCAAAUGAAUGCGAUGUACAGACGAUUAGAGCGCAGAUUGUUGUAUAUAAUAUGUAAGGGAGAAAUUAAUCGUUCAUACGAGUGACUCGACGAAAUUGUAAAAGAUAAAUUUUCAUUUUCACAAUUACACCAACGAGAUUACUGAGUGAAUGAAGCUAUGAUCAUAAACUCAAGAGUGAUUACGAAAAAUGUGUAAGAGCAAACAUAGAAAAUUCAAAAUAUCAUUCUUAGUAUUCGAUUGAUUUAUCGCGUUAUUCAUCUCCCUGUAGUUAUUUAUUUCAUCUAAUUGAUCUAAAAAUAUUCGUCAAAUUUUCCGACGAUCUUACCGCAGGUCAGUGAAAAUAGUGCGUUAAAUUUGAGAUCACAAUGAAAUCACACCUUUAAUUAAAUUGAAAGUGAAAGUUAAAUAAAUUAUUUAAAAAAUUA